AUGGACGUCGUGCUCGAAUUGGCAGACACGUUCUUGUUCGACCCUCUAUACGCCACUCUCCUUCCCGCCUCUACAUGGUCCUUCGCCGGCAAUGCGACCGUCUCAAGCAUCAGAGAGGAGCCCACCGCUUUCGCCGUGCCACAUGCGACUUGGCAGUACGAGCCCUCGACGCAGUUCUUCUCCGUUGAGCCCUCCAAGUAUGCCUACAUGAGCCAAUGGACGCGUGACGACUGGCGACGACAGGCCCUGUCCUUGUACCUCAUCACAUGGCUCUUUGGCGUACUCGUCUACUACGUCUUCGCAGGCGCCUCGUACUACUUCGUCUUUGACAAGGCCACCUUCAACCACCCACGAUACCUCAAAAACCAAAUCAAGCAAGAGAUGAAACAGGCCAACAUCGCCUUCCCCAUCAUGGCCAUCUUCACCGUGCCCUGGUUCUUGCUCGAGGUCCGCGGAUACUCUAAGCUGUACGAUACCGUAGACCAGGGCCCGGGACUCUGGUACAACUACCUGCAGUUUCCGCUCUUCUUCCUCUUCACCGACUCGGCCAUCUACUGGAUCCACCGUGGUCUGCACCACCCCCGCGUCUACAAGUACGUCCACAAGCCACACCACAAGUGGAUUAUGCCGACUCCCUUCGCCUCGCAUGCCUUCCACCCCGCCGACGGCUACGCUCAGGGUCUGCCCUACCACAUCUUCCCCUUCAUAUUCCCUCUGUCCAAGUUCGCAUACGUCUUCCUCUUCGUCUUCGUCAACAUCUGGACGGUCCUGAUCCACGACGGCGAGUACGCGCACAACUCUCCUAUCAUCAACGGCGCCGCCUGCCACACCAUGCACCACCUAUACUUCAACUACAACUACGGACAGUACACUACCCUCUGGGACCGCCUUGGAGGAAGUUACAGGAAGCCCAACGACGAGCUCUUCCAAAAGGAGCUCAAGAUGUGUCAAAGCGAGUGGAACAAGCAGGCCGAAGCCGUCGACAAGAUGGUACAACAAGUUGAGGGCGAUGAGAAUAACCGCACAUAUGCUUCUGAGACGAAGAAGGUCCGCUAG